CAUCUUUGUCUAGGGCAGAGCAGCUCUCCAUUGAAGAAGAACACGCGCAUUGCCGUUGCAGCAGCUCAGUCCCUACAGAAAGGGGUUGAUAGUGCUUUGCUGUUGAAAUUCGCAGACAGACACUUCAUUACUGACGGUCGUCCACCGACUACGGGAUCAGCUUCCCCUAGACUUAAGACCCACUCUUCCCAGUUGGAGACCAGCUCCACCCAGCACACCCAGCAGCCAUGGCAGAAGAUACGGAUAUGCGCAAUGAGCUCUCUGACAUGCAGCAACGUGCAGACCAGCUGGCCGAUGAGUCACUGGAGAGCACCCGCCGUAUGCUGCAGCUUGUGGAAGAGAGUAAAGAUGCUGGUAUCAGGACUUUGGUUAUGCUGGAUGAGCAGGGAGAGCAACUGGAACGCAUCGAGGAGGGAAUGGACCAAAUCAAUAAGGACAUGAAGGAUGCAGAAAAGAAUUUGAACGAUCUAGGAAAAUUCUGUGGUCUUUGUUCCUGUCCAUGUAACAAAAUGAAGAGCGGAGCCAGCAAGGCCUGGGGAAACAACCAGGACGGAGUGGUUGCAAGCCAGCCUGCCCGCGUGGUGGAUGAGCGCGAACAGAUGGCCAUCAGCGGAGGCUUCAUCCGCAGGGUAACAGAUGACGCCAGGGAAAAUGAGAUGGAUGAGAACUUAGAGCAGGUGGGAGGCAUCAUUGGUAACCUGCGCCACAUGGCCCUUGAUAUGGGCAACGAGAUUGACACCCAGAACCGCCAGAUCGACAGGAUCAUGGAGAAGGCUGAUUCCAACAAGACCAGGAUUGAUGAAGCUAACCAGAGGGCCACAAAGAUGCUCGGCAGUGGUUAAGCCUCUGGUCUGCCUGCUUUUACCAACCGUGCAGUUUGUCAAAAGGCAAUGCGCUUAUCAUGGUAUUUACCUUCUAGGUUUGCACACAUGCACAUAUCACCCGGCCCCCAUUGUAAAUGUCGUUCUAUGUGUCGUCUGUCAGCUUUUUCAAUGAUUGUCCUCGUAAAAUUAUUUCUUAUUCUCUGUAUCAUUCUUUCCAAAGGUUGUAUAUAGUGCUGACUCGAUGGCUCUUACUCACUUGUGAAGUUUUUAUUCUCUUUAUUGCCUGUAUACAUAUAUGUAUGUAUGUAUGUAUACAUAUAUCCGCUUGUAUGUGUAAACAUAUAGCCUAUGUGUAUAUAUAUAUAUAUAUAUAUCAAAUUUUUGCUGGAGGAACUAUAUAGGAAUGCUAUACAAGCUGUCUUUCCUUUUCAGUAUAUCUCAGUAUCGUCUUGGUAAAACUGUGUCACACCACUCGGC